CUUGGCCUCUUGCAAAAAUUCGAGAUGAGUUUGCAGGGAGAUCUGGAUUGGGAUCGAGUCAACGCAAAGUAUAACCCCCCAUAUUCUUGUCCCGACAUGUGCGAGCCUUCGUCUAACCUCAGCUGCACAGGACGGAUGGGGGUAUGCCCUUAUUUGUUUUCUCCACAUUUUCCUCGCCUGCUUUCUUUAAUCCUCAGAUGCCAAUGCCGACGCCGCCGCCGCCGCUCUCGCCUCCAGGCACCUCCGCAAGCACCGCACUAUAAGGAGGAGCCGCAGCUGUAGCCGCCUACUUCCGGUCUCAAGCUCAAGGAUCCGGCGCGGCGGCGCCAGCCUCUCCGCUCCGCUCCACAGUUACUCCUUUCUCCUGCAGAGGCAGAGGCAGCCUUGAGACAUGGCGGAUCUGCAGACCCCUCUGGUGCGGCGCAAGAGGAAGAAGGUUCUUGUGGACUACUUGGUCCAGUUCCGAUGGAUCCUUGUCAUCUUUGUGGUCCUUCCAUUCUCUGCGCUGAUCUACCUCAACAUCUAUCUGGGAGAUAUGUGGUCUGCUAUGAAGUCAGAGAAACGCCGGCAGAAGGAGCAUGAGGAAAAUGUAGACAAAGUUGUGAAGCGGCUUAAGCAGAGGAAUCCAAAGAAGGAUGGCCUUGUUUGCACCGCUAGGAAGCCGUGGAUUGCUGUUGGUAUGCGCAACGUGGACUACAAGCGCGCACGGCAUUUUGAGGUCGACCUUUCUGCGUUCCGGAACAUUCUCGAGAUUGACAAAGAGAGGAUGAUCGCCAAGGUCGAGCCUCUGGUUAACAUGGGGCAGAUAACUAGAGCCACCUGCCCGAUGAAUCUAGCCCUCGCUGUGGUUGCUGAGCUUGAUGACCUUACUGUUGGUGGUUUGAUCAACGGUUAUGGAAUUGAAGGGAGCUCUCACAUUUAUGGCCUGUUCUCUGACACGGUCGUUGCGAUGGAGGUUGUUCUUGCAGAUGGCCGAGUUGUCAGAGCCACCAAGGACAACGAGUACUCUGACCUGUUCUAUGGCAUGCCAUGGUCCCAGGGCACACUCGGGUUCCUAGUUUCUGCUGAGAUCAAACUCAUUCCCACCAAGGAAUACAUGAGGCUGACGUACACUCCUGUUAAGGGGACCUUGAAGGAAAUUGCACAGGCUUAUGCCGAUUCUUUCGCUCCAAGAGAUGGCGACCCUGCAAAGAUCCCUGACUUUGUAGAAGAGAUGGUGUACUCAUCCUCGGAGGGUGUGAUGAUGACCGGUGUGUAUGCCACGGAAGAGGAGGCGAAGAAGAAGGGCAACAAGAUCAACCGUGUCGGGUGGUGGUUUAAGCCCUGGUUCUACCAGUAUGCACAGGCAGCUCUGAAGAAGGGCGAGUUCGUGGAGUACAUUCCUACAAGGGAGUACUACCACCGGCACACCAGGUCCCUGUACUGGGAAGGGAAGCUGAUCUUGCCGUUCGGUGACCAGUUCUGGUUCAGGUUCCUGCUUGGGUGGCUGAUGCCACCAAAGGUCUCCUUGCUCAAGUUGACCCAGGGAGAAGCUAUCAGGAACUACUACCACGACAGCCAUGUGAUUCAAGAUAUGCUGGUGCCGUUGUACAAAGUAGGGGAGGCUCUCGAGUUUGUCCACCGCGAAAUGGAGGUUUAUCCCCUGUGGCUGUGCCCUCAUGGGCUGUACAAGCUUCCGGUGAAGACGAUGGUGUACCCAGAGCCUGGGUUCGAGCUCCAUCAGAGGCAAGGCGACACGAGCUACGCUCAGAUGUUCACCGACAUCGGCGUGUACUACGCCCCUGCUGCUGUCCUGAGGGGCGAGGAGUUCAACGGCGCGGAGGCUGUGCAUAGGCUGGAGCAGUGGCUGAUCGAGAACCAUAGCUACCAGCCGCAGUACGCGGUGUCGGAGCUGAGCGAGAGGGACUUUUGGAGGAUGUUCGAUGCCUCGCACUACGAGCACUGCCGCCGCAAGUACGGCGCCGUGGGGACCUUGAUGAGCGUCUACUACAAGUCGAAGAAGGGGAAGAAGACAGAGAAGGAGGUGCAGGAGGCUGAAGCUGCCAUCCUGGAGCCUGCGUAUGCUGAGGAGGCCUGAUGAUCGAUGCAUUCCAUUUCCACCUUGUUUGAUGCCUGAUCAAUUAAUUGUCUGAAAAGGAACUAGUACCAGUAGUAGUUUGGCUUGUGUGCAGUGUCCUCCUGUUGUCGUGCUCCGAUGAGAUAGGUUGGACUCCUCCGUCCUCACCUACUUAUCAGGGCUUUAUAUUUCAUUUGCCUCCUGCUUGUGAUAAUUCAGCCGAUUGUACUAGAAAUGUUUGGCAUUCUUAAUAAUAAUUGUGAGUGCCAUAGUGAUUGCAAUUGUUGGG